CCGUCACACUCACACACGCGCAUGCAGUGUGGCUUUAGUUGUUUUUUUUUUUUCGAACGGAGACAAUUAACAAAAUUCGGGCGCGGAAACAAGAGACACUCACAACUCACACGAUAAUUCGGAUCAACUUUUCGCCAGCGUGGGCAGCAGCGGCGUAGAGUGCGAGCGAAAAGAGAAACACACUGAUUUUAGCUAAUCAGCAACAAAAGCAGCCACGAGACAUGGCCGAGUAUUGGCAGCAGCAACAGCAACAACAACAACAACAGCAGAUGAUGAACGGAUCUGCAGGUUUAAACCGGGAUGAGUCAGCUUCUGCCUGUAAUGGCGACAGCGCUGCUUUUACCUCAGUAGCAGCCGGAGUCGCAGCCGCAGCCAGCGGCAACAAUAAUAACAACUAUGUGAAUUUCAGUCAGUUUAUCACACAACAUAAUUUGGCCAGCUCCAAUGUGGCCUACAACAUUGGAGGUGGCGGCGGUGCCUUUGGACUGUUGCCCAACAGCAACAACUCCACCUCUUCCUCCUCCGGCAGCAACAGUUUCGGUGGUGUGCAAGCACAGUCUCUUCUCUGUUACGUAAAUGGCGAUGCAGGUGCCAACGGAGGCGUCUCUGCUAAUAAUUAUGAUGCACCAAGUGCUUAUCCCAAUCUGUACUCACCUUUUGGCAAUAAUCCCUUUGCCUCAGCCAGUGGCUUUGAUUUCAGCACCUCCAAGCUGCAGGCAUCGGCACCUGAAUUUGUGCCCAACUUUGCCAAACUUAGUCUGAAUGCAGAUGCUGGUCAGGAGUCGACUCCAAUCUCGUCCACGUCCAGCAACAGUAGAACCAACAACAACAGCACUGCCAGAGAGUCAAACAAUGAGACAGUCAACGAGGCGUCAACAAACAAUCAUCAUCAUCAUCAACAACAACAGCAACAACAACAGCAUCAGCAACAUCACCAUCAAAGGCUGCCUAAACCGAAUGGGACUCACAGUCGCCAGCAGCGACGCAACGAUUAUCGAGAGGAUCGACCUGAACGCAACGAGGAUCGUUAUGAUCGAAAAAAGCCGCAGAAGCAACAGCGCUACGAUAAUCAUCGCAGCAAUAAGCGUCGCGAUGAUUGGAAUCGCAAUCGGGAUCGCAUCAAUGGUUAUCCACGUGCCAACGAGGAACUGGACACCAGCAAUAGCAACGAUAGCGCACAUCCCUCGCCCGAGAAACAACAACAUCAGCAUCAUCAACAGAUCUCGCCGAGACGCGCUCCAGCAGCGGGAGAAACGGGAGAAACUGAUGAGGACAUUGAGCAGCGUCGUCUGGAGUGUCUAGUGUGUGUGGAGCAGAUCAAGGCACAUCAUGGCACCUGGUCGUGCCAGAACUGUUACCAUGUGCUGCAUCUCAAGCGCACCAUUACCUGGGCGAGCAGCUCAAAGUCAGCCGAGGGCUGGAGAUGUCCAGCCUGCCAGAAUGUGCUAGAGGAGCUGCCACGCGAGUCUUGCUUCUGUGGCAAGCUGAAGAAUCCGCCGUUGACGCGCACCGAACUGGCGCACAGUGGCGAACUUUGUUGCCGUGUCGAGGGUUGCAGCCAUGCUUGCACCUUGCUCUGCCAUCCGGGGCCAUGUCCGCCGUGCCAGGCGAAUGUGAGUCGCAGCUGCGGCUGUGGACGCACCAACAAGCUGAUGCAGUGCGCCAUGAAGCAGCCGCUGCAGUGUGAAGCUAUCUGCGACAAGCUGCUCAACUGUAGCGAGCAUCGUUGCCAGCAGAUCUGUCAUGUCGGCAAGUGUGAGCCUUGCGGGGAGCAAGUGCAGCAGAACUGCCACUGUGGCAAGCAGCAGCGCGAGGUACAGUGCACCCGGGAGAGUCAGGACAAGCGUAACUACUCGUGCAAGGAGUGCUGUGGAAAGCCGUUGCCCUGCGGCAAUCACAAGUGCAAGGACUCAUGCCACGCCGGCGCCUGCCGUCCCUGCAAGCUGAGUCCCUCGCAAAUCACCAGCUGUCCGUGUGGCAAGCUGCCCGUGGCGUCGGAGCAGCGCAGCAGCCUUGAUCCCGUGCCCACGUGCGAAGGCGUCUGUGGCAAGACAUUGCGCUGUGGCAAGCCGGCGCAUCCGCAUCAGUGCACCAGCAAGUGCCACUUGGGGCAAUGUCCGCCCUGCACGAAGCAAACGGCCGUAUGCCGUUGUGGCCAGGACCAGAUGAUCAAGUGUCGCCAGCUGUCGACGCGAGCGGAUGACGCCCGCUGCAAGCGUCGUUGCACCAAGAAGCGCAGCUGUGGCAAGCACAAGUGCAACGCCGAGUGUUGCAUCGACAUCGAUCACGCCUGUCCGUUGCCCUGCAACCGCACCUUGAGCUGCGGACGCCACAAAUGCGAUCAGCCGUGUCAUCGUGGCAACUGCCCGCCCUGCUAUCGCAGCAGCUUCGAGGAGCUUUACUGCGAGUGCGGUGCGGAGGUCAUCUAUCCACCUGUGCCAUGUGGCACCAAGAAGCCCAUCUGCAAGCGUCCGUGCUCCCGCACCCACGGCUGUGAGCAUCCACCGCAGCACAACUGCCAUGCGGCGGCCACCUGCCCGCCCUGCAUGAUGUUCACCACGAAGUGGUGUCACGGCAACCACGAGCAGCGCAAGACCAUUCCCUGCUCCCAGGGCAGCUUCAGCUGUGGCCUCGCCUGUGGCAAACCAUUAGCCUGUGGACGCCACAAGUGCAUCCGAGCCUGUCACGAGGGCGACUGCCAGCAGGCAGGCGAACUGUGCCGCCAGAGCUGCACCAAGCCACGCGUGCUCUGUGGACACAAGUGUGCUGCACCUUGCCACGACAGCGAUUGCCCAGAAACGCCGUGCAAGGAGCUCGUUGAGGUGCAGUGUGAGUGCGGCAAUCGCAAGCAGAAUCGAAGCUGCCAGGAAUUGGCCAGGGAGCACAGUCGCAUUGCCACCGCCCAGCUGGCUUCGUCCAUGGCCGAGAUGUCUCGGGGCAACUACAUGGAACUAAGCGAGAUUCUGGCGCCCACCAAAACCAUCAAAUCAAAUAAAACACUGGAUUGCAAUGAGGAGUGUCGACUACUGGAGCGCAAUCGCCGUUUGGCCAUCGGUUUGCAGUCGCGUAAUCCGGACACUCAAUUAAAGUCACUUACCAAGUACUCGGAAUUCACACGUGGAUUUGCCAAGCGCAAUCCGGCCUUAACCAAGAGCGUCUAUGAAACAUUAAGCGACUUGGUGAAGCUGGCCAAGGAGAGCAAGCAAAAGUCAAGAAGUCACUCGUUUCCCACCAUGAAUCGUGAGAAGCGUCAAUUGGUGCACGAGCUGUGCGAAGUGUUUGGCGUUGAGUCCGUCUCCUACGACAAGGAGCCCAACCGCAAUGUGGUUGCUACGGCACACAAGGAGCGCUGUUGGUUGCCCGCCACAAGCAUCAUGGAGGUUUUGGCACGCGAAUCCGGGCAACGUCGCGUUCCAGUUCCCAAUAAUAAUGCCUGGAGUCUCAAGAAGUAGCAGACUCUAAACUGUUCAUAUAUGUUUAUCGUUGAUGUCGCGAAGACAAUACACAAUACCAUUUUCAAGGGUUUAGGUUUUCUUUUCAUUGUAACAUUGUAGGAAGAGCCUGAACAAUACUAAAACUUUAAAACAAUUGUUGCAUGGAAAUUGUUGAAAUUAUAAUAGAGGAUAUACCAAAAGGAAGUAGAGUAAACGAAGUAAAUUAGCAAUUGAAGAAUUAAACAAACACGUAAACGAGAAAGCGAAAGCAAACUGUUAAUCAACUGUUGUACGAUGAAUUUAUGUAAAACUGAAUCCUUUGACUACGUUGCGUAUACAGAAUAAAAUCAAAUGAAAGGUAUGAAACAGAAAAAAAAA